AUGUAUCACGACUUGAAACAGUCUUUCUGGUGGAACGGGAUGAAGACUGACAUUGCAGACUUUGUGGCAUCGUGCUUGGUAUGUCAGAAGGCCAAGAUUGAACAUCAGCGACCAGGGGGUACACUGGAGUCAUUGGAUAUUCCUCAGUGGAAAUGGGACAGUGUAGCUAUGGAUUUCGUCACACACUUGCCAAAGUCUGUGAAGGGGCACGACUCAAUCUGGGUAAUAGUGGACAGGUUGACAAAGUGUGCUCACUUCCUUGCUAUUAAUCAAAAGUGGUCAAUGGACAGAUUGGCUGAGUUGUACGUGAGGGAAGUGGUCAGGUUGCAUGGUGUGCCGGCCAGUAUAGUGUCAGAUAGAGAUCCGAGAUUCACUUCUCGUUUUUGGCAGUCAUUACAGGCAGCGUUGGGGACUCAGUUGAGGAUGAGUUCUGCAUACCACCCUCAGACUGAUGGGCAGUCGGAGCGUACCAUUCAGUCCUUGGAGGAUCUGUUGAGGGCUUGUCAAACCUCUGAGAAGGUUAGGGCAAUCCAGGAGAGAAUGAGGGCUACACAGAGCAGACAAAAGUCCUAUGCAGACAAGAGGAGACGACCUCUAGAGUUCGAGGCUGGGGAUCAUGUAUUCCUCAGGGUGACACCAACGGCUGGUAUUAGGAGGGCCAUCAAAUCGAGGAAGUUAACCCCGAGGUUUGUUGGGCCUUAUCAAAUUCUGAGGAGAAUUGGCGUUGCAGCUUAUGAGAUAGCCUUGCCACUACACCUGACGAAUCUGUAUAACGUGUUCCACGUUUCCCAGUUGAGAAAAUAUGUUUUAGAUCCGUCACACGUACUGGAGUCGGAUGAUAUUCAGAUUCGGGAGGAUUUGACAGUAAGCACUGGGCCAGUGCGAAUUCUAGACUCACAGGUGAAACAGCUGCGGGGGAAGGAGAUUAAAACUGUGAAGGUGUUGUGGGAUGAGACUACCCAGGAGAUGACCUGGGAGAUGGAGGAUCGCAUGAAGCAAUCCUAUCCGUACUUAUUCCCUGGUUCGCUAGAUGCGGCGACAAGGCAAUCUCAUAAGGGCGACAAUGGCUUAACAAAUCUCGGAGUUAACUUUCUUGAUUUAAUGGCCCUUCCAAUGCCAACAGUAGGUGUUACUUUGAGGAACACAUGA